AUGGGCUGGACUUACCAGAAAUCCACAUGUCAGUGAUCGGGAGCUCCCAGUUGAUCUCUUUCUCCAAUGUGAAAUCAAAAUCAAAAUUCAAAACUUUCCAGUCGUCUCUGAAUUUGAUUUUCUUCCAUCUUCGUCCCAUUUCUUAAGUUGCUAAUUUCCAGUCUUGUCCAUUUGCUCCGUCUCCGUCUCCCUCUCUCUCUCUCUCUCUCUGUGCUUUGAUAAUUGAGAUGGAGAGCUUACCGACGACGACAACGUCGAAAUCGGACAGACGAUCGAGAUCGAAGCCUAUUCAAACUUCCAAGCCUUCCAUCUUCUUGGCCUUCUUCUCCUGCGUCGCUUGGCUCUACGUCGCCGGCCGGUUGUGGCAAGAUGCGGAGAACAGAACAGUCUUAGCUAAUCUUCUUAAGAAAAACUUAGGCCAGAGACCGAUGGUGCUUUCAGUUGAAGAUAAGUUAGCAGUCCUUGGAUGCAAGGACCUGGAGAGGAGGAUUGUUGAAGCUGAGAUGGACUUGACGUUGGCCAAGAGUCAAGGCUACCUCAAGAACAACUUGAAGCAAACCUCUGGUCCAUUUCUUGCCGUUAUUGGAGUUUUUACCGGAUUUGGCAGCCGUUUGCAGCGGAAUGGGUUUCGAGGGUCUUGGAUGCCUAAAGUUGAUGCUUUGAAAAAACUUGAAGAAAGAGGAGUAGUCAUACGUUUUGUGAUUGGUCGGAGUCCCAACAAAGGUGAUAGCUUAGACCGCAAUAUUGAUGAGGAAAGUCGCGCGACACAGGAUUUCUUGAUUCUUGAAGGUCAUGAGGAGGCUCAAGAAGAGUUGCCUAAGAAAGCAAAGUUCUUCUUCAGUACCGCAGUUCGAAAUUGGGAUGCUGAAUUUUAUGUAAAAGUUGAUGACCAUAUCGAUCUUGACCUUGAGGGGAUAAUCGGACUUCUUGAAAAACGUCGUGGUCAAGACAGUGCUUAUAUUGGUUGUAUGAAGUCAGGAGAUGUGAUUGCUGAAGAGGGAAAGUCUUGGUAUGAACCUGACUGGUGGAAGUUUGGCGAUCAGAAAUCGUACUUUCGACAUGCCGGUACUUCACUCUUCAUACUAUCGAAGAACUUAGCUCAGUACAUAAACGUUAACAGUGCAUCUUUGAAGACUUAUGCUCAUGAUGAUGUAUCAGUGGGUUCAUGGAUGAUGGGUAUCCAAGCGACUUAUAUUGAUGACAACCGUCUUUGCUGUAGUAGCAUUAGACAAGACAAGGUCUGUUCAUUAGCUUGAUGAAGAGGAGGAUAAGAUCUCUUGUUAGAAGGGAAACAGAUCCGGUUGUUCAGCAAGUUCUGCGUGAGCCAUCAGAAUUAACAUUUGGAUCACAUCCACAUCUAUGUUGAGCUGAGGUGCUGUGAAGGCUACAAAGGAUUUGCAAGAUCAUUCUUUUAUGAAGGUCGAGGAGGAUUUUUUUUUCUUCCUCUUAUUAUUUUUUAUUAGUGAUAGACAGGUUGACCACACUGCAGCAGAUUAGAGCUGUUCAAUGUGAGUGAGUGAUGGUUGACUACGGGUUGUAUUGACUUAUGAAUCUUACAUGAUCAAUGAUAUUAAAGCUUCUCACUUGA